AUGAACAACACAGCUCUCAACGCGACAAGUUUCCCUCUGUGUCCAAGUCUACUGAUAAAGGUUACAAGCACUCCUUACAUUCCAAGUGCUACGGCUCAUACUGUAACCAUACUAACAUGUAUUGUAAACGGAAUUUCAUGUCCUGUGGCGAUUGGAGAGAAUCUUCUGGUCUUCAUGGUGAUUUUAAAAAAACGCAGUUUACGAACAACUUUUAAUACUUCUGUUCUUUGUCUGGCAGUUACGGAUCUUCUAAUUGCCAUGUUUAUUCAGCCUGCCUUCAUUGCGUAUCAGAUCGGAAAGUUUAUAAACAGUACUUACCUGUGUGUUCCUUACUUUAUAAAGACCGUGUUCGAGUUUUGGUGUGUUGGUUUAUCGUUCAUUACUCUUGGGCUCAUAACUUUAGAGAGAUACUUUGCCGUGUUUCGGCCGUUCAUUUAUCACGCCGCCGUCACGCAGUUCCGCGUAAUGCUUGUAAUUUUCAGCGGUUGGUUGUUUUGGUCUGCGUUCAGCUUCAGUCUACGUUUUUCAGCUUCUGGAAUGAACUUGAAAGUUUAUUCAAUUGCAUCUUCCAUUUUAAUUGCAUUCACACUGUUCCAAACAAUAUUUGUCUAUUUUAAACUCUACAAGGCUUCUCGAAUCAAAGACCAUUCGCACAGUCAAGCCAGCCAAAACAGAAGCUACCCCAACAGACCGAGAUCUUUAGGGGUCGCUGAGGCUAAAGCAACCAAAACAAUUAUAAUCAUAACAGGAUCAUUUUUUCUUUGUUUCGCGCCAACUCUGUGUGUUUCCUUAGUGCACCAACUUGCUUACGUAAGAGAAGACGUCAUAUUACACGUGGUUUAUCCGCUGGCAGAGAGUGCGCUGUUUCUAACAGCCCUUGUCAACCCUGUCAUUUAUGUGUGGCGAAAUGCUUUGGUAAAAGAGAGCUUAAAAGAGCUUUUCAAGGCUCAUUAA